AUAAAUCGAUUCCGCGGAAUCCCCCCCCUACCUACCGUCUCGUCUCGCGCAGUACCCACUUUCCCCAAGUCCACUCCUCGGCCCGCUUCAUCUUCAGCUUCCUCGCUUUGCUUUGCUUUGCCUUUGCCUUGCCUUGCUUCCUGCGGAAUUCUCGCGGUCUGUUGGGAGCGGGGAAGCGGAUCGAUCGGUCAAGUCCAUGGACGGGGACUACGUCGCUAGCCUGCUGAUGGGCGGCGGCUCUUCGGGGCUCGACUUCGGCGCGCUGGGGAUGGACGGCGGGUUCCUGGAGACGCUCUGCGGCGGCGGCGGCGGAGUGGGGUUCGCGGGACGGGCCGCAGGGAUGUCCGGCGCCGUUGGCGGCGGUCAGUUCGGGGUGGCGGAGGGGAGCGGCGCUGCCUCCCGGGAGGGGUCGUCGGUUUCCGACCCCGCGUGGGCGUCCUACGCGAGGCCCGACGGCGCGAAUGCGAAGAAGAGGAAGGCGCCAGCCGGGGCCAGCGGGAAGGGCAAGGAGGCGGCUGCUGCUGCUGCCUGUUUCGGCAAGGUGGGAGAGGCGACGGGGCCGGAAUCGAAGAAAUGCAAAGUGGAGGUGGCACCGGUGAAGCCCAAGGUGGAGGAGACGGCGAGCGAUGGCUCCGCCGGUGGGGAGAGGGGGCGGAAACAGGCCAAGGGGAAGAGCUCCAAGUCCAAGCAGGCGGAUGAUGAGCCGCCUAGGGACUACGUCCAUGUCCGGGCCAGGAGAGGGCAGGCAACCGACAGCCACAGCCUUGCAGAGAGGGUUAGAAGAGAGAAGAUAACCAUCAAGAUGAAAAUGCUCCAGGACCUGGUGCCAGGAUGUAACAAGGUCAUUGGCAAAGCACUCAUGCUUGAUGAGAUCAUAAACUAUGUACAAUCGCUGCAGCAACAAGUUGAGUUCUUGUCCAUGAAGCUUGCGACCGUGAACCCGCAGCUUGACUUCAGUACUUUGUCAACACUCUUACACAAAGAUAUGAAUGAAGCCUUUGGACCUUCACCAAGUUCGGUCUUUCCAUUGGAAAGCGCUGGUGGAGCAUUUCCAUUUUAUGAGCAAGCAGAUAUUUUCCAGUCCUUCGGUUCCGGUUCCAUGGAGAACCAAUGCCCCCUAGGUUUAUUAGACACAGUUCUACCCCACGCGAGCAACCCGCAAUAUGCUUUUCACAAGCAGCAACAGAAUUUCUGGGACGAGAAUCUCCAAAAUGCGCUGCAUAUCGACAAUGAGCAAAGCCGAGGGAAUGGGGUUUCAGCACCGAAUGUUGAUGGCCAGUUACAAGCAGCAGAUCAUACAGAGACCGAGUUCUAGACGAUGACUGAUAAUGACUGAAGGCGCAUAUUUUUGUACAUAGGAGAAGUAUGGCAAGUGAAGCUCUUAAGCUAACAGAGAACUGAUUGAUUUAUCAUAUGCUGAAUGUACUAAGACGGUCAGGAUCAGGGGUACUACAACUCCGACUGAACCAGCCGACUUUAUUCUUCCCGUACUUAUGAGAUUACAUUGUCUCAGCAAGUUUGUAGAUCAUGUACUAGACAUGGUGACAAUAUUACAAUCACCAUUUCUCAUCUCUCUUCUAAUAUGUAAGAGCUGGCAGACAUUGUCAUGAAAUGGAAAGUAUGAAGAUAUAUAUUUAUCCUCACAAUGCUA